CCAAGCUCCACUGCACGAGUCUCUCACACAUAUCUUCCAUUUUCCAGCAUUGCCUAUAAGAUCUCAGUCUUCCCUGCAGCUUUUGGUGCUGAUUCAUUUGGCCGGUCUGCGAGUCAGGACACUGGCAUUAUUCGGUCUCGCUGUGGAACUCCGAGCAUAAAGAGUUUAACAAAGGCCGCUUUGGAUGCGACAAGAGGCUGCAACCUGAAACCCGAGAGAAGAUUCCUCCCUCUGGUAACCCUAUACACCUGCUUACACCCUCCCGAGGCUGCACGGACGGGCUCUCCGGCCAAGGAGAGUGAUUCAGAGUCCUCAUGGGAUGUGCACCUUCCACUCUGCUGCUGUAGAGGUGGCUGAAGAAGAUCGGGUCAGCGAGAGGACCCACCCGCACGCCCCUUCCUCCUCCUGCCAUUGUAUCAGCUGAAAAGACAAGAGGAGAAGAAGAAGAAGACAAAGAAGCAGAAGAGGACACCCAAGUGGACCACACCCAGAGUCCAUCAAGGAAAGGAGUCUCCUCCUCUCAACUCCCAGACCUUUUACUCGGAGUCAGGACGGCUUUGAGCUGCCACCAGUCUCAUUUCCACUUAUCAGGAUGUCUGCGGUCCAUGAGCUGUUGCUGCUCCCUUUGGCCAUCCUGGUGCUUCAAGCCUCUCUGUGCCAUGGCGCCUGCGUGGAGGUGGACUCGGACACAGAGGCCGUGGCCGGCAAAGGCUUCAAACUGGGCUGCAUCUCCUGCAAGAUGAGGGGCGAGGUGCAGGCCACCGCCUUCGUCAACUGGUACUUCAAGGCUUCAGAUGAGACGGAGUUCUCCCUGUUAUACAGCUUUGAUGACCAAGUGGGCAAAGUCUUUGACCCUCGUUUUUACGAACGUCUGUGCUGGAAUGGCAGCAAACACACCAUGGACCUGCAGGACGGCUCCAUCUUCAUCCUCAAUGUGACCUACAACGACACGGGAACCUACCAGUGCAUAUUCAACCGCACCCUCAUCUACCCCAAAUACUAUUUUCAAACCAACCACAGCAAGAUGAUCAACAUGAAAGUGGUGCCACGACUCACCAGGGGGAUUGCGUCCAUCUUGUCUGAGGUGAUGAUGUACGUGUCCAUCAUCGGGCUGCAAUUAUGGCUGCUGGUUGAGAUGAUUUACUGCUACAGGAAGAUCUCAGCAGCGGGAGAGGAAGCUCUGAGAGAGAGCGCGGCGGAGUAUUUAGCUAUAGCAUCGGAAAGUAAAGAUAACUGUGCAAGUGUACAAGUGGAUGAGGAGCACUGGUCAAGGAAGAAUUCCAGUCAGCUUCCAUGAAGAAUCUCAAACUCACUUUUGUGCUCCUCCUCUCCUCUCACCAUCGCUCACCUCCCGCCAUCCUCCAUACACGAUGGGGGAAAAAAAUGGAACCACAACGGAGAAAGAUCUCCACAGAAAGGUUAUUUAAAGUGACUUCCUGCAACAACAAAAAAAGAGGAUGGAAAUGACUCUGUAUCCCGAUGAGGCACAGGAUGGAUGCAUCAGGUUGUGGUUCAACGUCACAGAGAGAGAGAGAGAGAUAUCUGUACUGUAUAUACGUGUACAAGUAUACACAGAUAAUCUUGUACAGUAUAUCGUAGGCCUAUAUUAUAUAUUUACUAACUGCAUGAUAACAAGAUUGAAACGACCGACAACAUGCUCAUGAUGUUGUGUCACGUGUUUUUGAGAAUCAGUUUCCUUACACACAGUGUGCCGGCGUCGGGGCUCCAUCAACACGGAAACCAUGUGUCAGUGUCUACCCAUGAGGCUGAGAAUGAACAUUCGGACCAAAUUCAUUUUACUUCUAAAUCCAAAUAUGACAGGUUUUAUUGCCAAAUAAUGACCCAAGUUUUUGGGUACCCCCCUCCUCCUACACAAACUUAAUCAAAAUCGGCCUUAAUUAAAAGCAUUUAAACCGAAAAGCCACGCCUCGCUCCUCCCCGGGUCUGCUGCGCAACUACGGCGUUGCGCUGCCAUGACAACAGUCGCACGUGACAAGGCACAUACACGACGUAGAGACCCAGGGACGUAGAGACCUGGCCAGCCGCAAGCCUAGCUACGCCGGCCGGCCGCGAACUACCCCGAAACCGAAAAAUUAUGGCGUAGACGCGAUCUGUUUUUCCGCACUUCAAGGGGGGAGGUGCUGCUCAGGUUGGGGGCGUGGUCCCCCCAGUAG